ACCAUUAUACGGAAGCUUAUCCAUCACUGUUGGCCAAUGAGCUUGCGGCGCUGUUGUUCGCUUUACUUUUUGAAUUGAGGUUAAACUGCAGACAUAUACCGUGUCGGGACUUUUAUGGAAUAAAUUGCCAACAAAUGAAAGAAGACAUAUUUGGACUUUUAUCGUGCAUAAGUUAUAACAUGGGAAGAUACCAGACUGUGUUUUGGACCAAACAGGAUUUCUUCAUUGAAUCGUUGGCUUUCUAGCCGUGUAGCUAGCUAAGUUAGUUAGAAGGGUUAUCAAAUUUAACUGGUUCCACUGCCAGGUCUGUUUUUCAUAUACAUACGGUACAAGUCACCACACCAGUCGUUUUGAUCGUUUUGGACACUGUGGUUCCUGCCAUGGCUGACAGCAGCAUACUGACUUUGGGGACAGCUCGAAGUCUGUUGGUGGAUUCUUCGGUCUAUGAUUCGAGAAUUUCUGAAACCACUAAGGACCAUGUGUUCCUUGGCAUGUCUGGUGAAGAUGGGGAAGACAUGCUGCCAAAAGUGGAGACUAGGGUUGUUCUGGUGGGAAAAGCAGGCAGAAAUGAAGAACUGGUCAAAGCACUGCAGGCCAUCAGUGUAAUGGAGGUACCAGUGGUAAAGAUAAGAGAGGGCGAGGCGGGUGCCGAAGAGAAAACUAUAAUAAAAUCUAUAGUGAAUAUGGGCAUCAACUCUCCUUACAUAAUGACAGACAAUGUCCAGGAGUUUGCAGAUGGGGAGAACACAGAAUUUGAGACAGUGUUCGUCCUUACAGACUUUGAUUCUGCUGACUACAACUACCUCUACAAACGUGACAACCGCAUUGUUGGGCCUUCUGUUGUGCUGUACUGUGCUGCAAAAGCAGAACCUCUACAGUUUUCUUGUCGUCCUCUCUACUCUACCACCAUGCUUAACCUGUCUCUGUGUUUCACUGGCUUUAGAAACAAAGAGGAAAUGAAGAAUUUGGUAAAUCUGGUUCAUCACAUGGGUGGAGCCAUCAGGAAAGAUUUCAGCACCAAGGUUACACACCUCAUCGCCCACUCCACACACGGCGAGAAAUACCGGCUGGCAGUCUGCCUGGGAACACCCAUCCUAACUCCAUCAUGGAUUUAUAAGGCCUGGGAAAGAAGACAUGAUGUGUUCUUCCAUGCAGGAGAAGAGGAGUUUCGAACAGAAUUUAAAGUACCUCCCUUCCAGGAUUGUAUUCUCAGCUUUAUGGGUUUCUCAGUAGAAGAGAAGGCCAACAUGGAGGAACGAACACUUAAGCAUGGUGGCAGUUAUCUUGAAGUUGGAGAUGAGAGGUGUACACACAUGGUAGUGGAUGAGAACUCUGUGAAGGGACUGCCAUCUUUUCCCUCUAAGAAACUCUUUGUGGUCAAACAAGAAUGGUUCUGGGGAAGCAUUCAGAUGGAUGCUCGUGCCGGGGAGUCUAUGUACCUCUACGAAAAGAAUGACAGCCCAGCCAUGAAGAAGGCAGUGUCUCUUCUGUCCCUCACCACCCCCAACAGUAACCGCAAACGUCGCCGUCUGAGGGACACACUAGCUCAGCUCACUAAAGAAACUGAGAUUUCCCCGUUUCCUCCACCACGUAAAAGGCAGUCAGCAGAGCACUCUAUGUCAAUAGCUUCUUUGCUUGACAUCUCCAACACCCCUGAUACAUGCAAGGUUUUCACAGAAUGUAAUAUAGGAAAGAGUUCAGUCAGCAGUGGAGAGAAUUCUGUGACCAGGAAUAGGCUGAGUAGAAGGACUUCCAGAGAAAGGAGGGUUAAGACAAAGGGGGAAAUUUGGAGGAAAAGGUCCUGUUUGAGUGCAAGAGCCUUUCAACAAGGAGAGGCGCAUCAGGAAGGAACAUCUGCAGAGAGUUCAAAGCCAUCCAAGAGUUCAACUCCAGUUCUCUCCAAGCAGUCAGCCAGGUGGCAGGUUUCAAAGGAACUCUACCAGACUGAGAGCAACUAUGUGGACAUCUUAAACACCAUCCUCCAGGUAUUCAUGUGUGUCUUUGCUCAAACAAUGAGGAGAGUUUUUGUACUCUCUCAAGGGUCAGCCAGCCAAUCAGUCCUGACAGCAGUUUCAUGCUAAGCUAUAGUUACUAAAGGUGUGCAUAAAGAGGAAAAUUACCUUCUGUGACUACUCUUAUGUCUUAUGCCUCCCCUCCACCCCCACCGGGGUGAGGUCCAGUUCUUGCACUUCAUGACUUUGAUGAACACCUAGUCAUGAACCUUCAGCGAUCCCUCCUGUGGGCAAGGCACAUCUUGAAAAGCAUUUUCAGAAAAACAUUUCUUGUGAUGUUUUAACACUUUUGACAUUAUGAAAGAAUUGGAAGGGUUGUAUAAAUUUAAAAAUUGUACUGAUUUGCACAGAGGAGAUUAUUAC